UUACUGUAAUCCUCAUUAUAAGGUGAGUCCACCAGGUUUACUGUAAUCCUCAUUAUAAGGUGAGGCCACCAGGUUUACUGUAAUCCUCAUUGAUGCUGUUGGCAGGGCGCCGUCUUGAAGAUUUCUGAUUGAAACAAGGAAUAUACAAUAUUAAAAACACUUGCAUUAGAACUAAGAGGGUAAACCGUCUUUUGACCAUUAAUAUACAAGUUAGAUACAAGACUCACUUGUUCAGAGUUCACCUAUACUCUGCAUAACUUCCCGCCGUCCGUUAAAUGCCCACAAUGUAAAUGUAAUAAUAAUGUAAUGUUUUAAAACUUGAUAAAACAUGUUUUCUAGGAAUGGCCUCUGCUACUUCCGGGUCUGAGGAGGUCUCCUCCUGUUCCAUCUGUCUGGAUGUGUUCAACAGCCCAGUCUCCACACCAUGUGGACACAACUUCUGCAGAACCUGUAUUACAACGUUCUGGGAUGACCAAGUCCAGUACAAAUGUCCUGUUUGCAACGAGCUGUUCCACACAAGACCUGAUUUACGGGUCAAUACCCUCUUUUCAGAGAUGGUUGAUCGGUUAGGAAGGACUGUUCGAGUCAAAGAGCCGCCUUGUGUUGAACCAGGAGAAGUUCCCUGUGACGUCUGUACUGGGACCCAGCUGAAGGCUGUGAAGUCCUGCCUUGUGUGUUUUACCUCUUACUGCCAAACCCACCUGGAGCUACAUUGGACAGUCGCUAGCCUGCAGAAACAUCGGCUGGUCGAACCUUUGGACAGUCUGGAAGACAGGAUGUGUAAGAAACACAACAGACUUCUGGAGUUCUUCUGUCAGACUGACCAGGUGUGUGUGUGUGUGAUGUGCAAAAAGAGGAACCACAAAUACCAUCCGGUUGUACCUCUGAAGGAGGAAUAUACAGUGAAGAUGGCCCAGCUGUGGAAGAUGGAGGCUAAAGUUCAGCAGAUGAUCCGUGAGAGAAAACAAAAGAGUCAGGACAUCAAUGACACACUGAAUCACAGCAAAGCAGAAGCAGACAGAGAGAUGGCCGAUGGUCGGCAGGUCCUCACUGCUCUGAAGCGCUCUGUUGAAAAGUGUGUUCAAGAAAAACUGAAAUCCACAGAGAAAGAAGCUGAUGGUCUCAUCAAAGAGCUGGGGCAGGAAAUAAAAGAUCUGACCAAUAUGAGCUCAAAGGUGAAGCAGCUCUCACACACUAAAGACCACCUCCACCUCCUCCAGGCCUUCAGAUCCCUGAAGGAUCCUCCAACCACCAGAGACUGGACGAAGGUGGAGUUCCGUCCACCGAAAUACGUAGGGACACUGAACAAGGAGAUGAAGAAGCUGGUUGUCCCAGAGCCAACGCUAAAGAAGUGUAAGUGUCUGUUUAGUUUGAUUCUUCACAACACAAAAUAACUAUUGGGAUGGAGAGUCCAUCCACACAGCGGGAGGUGACGUUCAUUCAGAUCCUACUGGGAAUGAAGAUGAUGGCUGACAUCAUGUGUCAACAGUCACAAUUAACCCUGCUUGUAUAAAACCCAGCAGGUAUUACAUUGUUAUAUUAUGUAAUGCAUAGUUGGUAAUGUUGUGAUCAUGAUCAGACAUAAUCAUGAUAAUGAUCAUGAAGCUAACAUCUGGGCUCAGUAUUUUGGGUAUACUAACAUUAAUGAGACGGACACAGACUUUACUCUUAACUUAUUUAUUGACAACCCAUAACCGUGGCUCUCCUGCAUAGCGACCGUACAUCCGAUGGCUAGCUCAGGAUAGCUAGCGGUGAGCUACUGCACACAGCGAUGGCACUACUGCCCCUAGUGGUGGGAUGUAAGUAUCUCACUCUGCAACAAGACUAACAUGUUCUGCUGGGGGCCCCCAACAAAUGUCCCGGUAUGGGCGUGUCCUUUCUCCCAGUAUGGGCGGGUC